AUGGACGAGCAGGAGCAGCAUGUCGAUCUCAGCAUCCAGCAAUGGCUCGAGUUGGAGUCCAUUUGCGAAAAUGAAGAAGUCCCGUUACCUCCCUUUUACGGAGUGUGGUUUUUUAACCAGUACGAGGAGUUCUCAAGCUUUUUACAAAAUGAAUACCGCCCGGGCAACAACACACAAGCAGCACAAGCACCUUUUUCACAACCAGUUCCAGCCUCAGCCGAGCCAACGAGCUUUCAAAAUCUCCCUCUCACAACCCCAGUUGACACUGACAUACUUGAGCACCAUCCAGACCAGACCAUCGAUGCGGAUCCAACGGUCCUACCUCCAGCUGAAUCGAAACCUGGUGCUUUCGUGCCAGGAAGUCUGCACGAAAGCAUAGCGGUGAAGACUAUCAUGCAUGCCACGGGGCCAUUAUUGUGCUCGUCCACUGAAAGAUCAAGUGCAAAUACAGCACCAGGAGCCGCCAACCAAACCACCAAAGAACAAUAUUCAAGACCUGUCUAUGGUACUCGGACCACCGGCAUGCUAACAAACGGCAAGGUAGCACGCUAUCGACAAUUGAUAAACUUCCCAAGAGCAGAUGAGUCAUUACCCUCCAACACAAGUUGUAAGGACAUCUUGACAAAAUAUCCAAACCACCUCGAAGGGAACUACCUGGAGGCAUUCAUACAGUACUUCUGGACGGCCGAGAUGAUUGUGAGGGAAACCUCGCAAACGAUCAAAGACCUGUGGAUUUCUCAAGGAAUCCACAAGAAGGAGACCCCACCUGCAAAUUUCAUUCGAAAUAGAAUGGAUAGCUACGUCGAAAAGGUGUUGGGGGAAGCUGGGCUGAGGAAGCUGUGUGGAGAGGCCAAACAAUGUCCUAGUGGUUUACCAGCCGACAAGGAGUAUGGAAGGAGCAACCCUCUUCGACUUAACUUGAAUCCAAAGUCUGCACCGUCAAACCGCAAAGAACCGUGGAAAGCUAGAACUCACAAAGUCUCAGAUGCCUGA